AGUUCUGCAGUUGAACACUAGGUGGCUGCCAGAGAGUGUAUGAUCUUUACUUUUUCAGGCUAAAGGGAAGCCCCAGGCCACACCCCUUCUCAGAGUAUCUCCUGUCCUAGCCCAGUCAGACCCCUCACAGCACACCGGCUAGGCACAAGCGCUGUGAGUUGUCACCAUGAGCACCAUGUCUUACCAGAAGGAGCUGGAGAAGUAUAGGGACAUAGAUGAAGAUGAAAUCAUGAGUGGUAUGUCAGCUGAGGAACUGGCUCAGCUGGACUUGGAAUUGCAGGAGAUGGACCCAGAGAACAUACUCCUUCCAGCUGGGAUGCGUCAGAGAGACCAGACAAAGAAGGACCCCACUGGACCACUAGACAGAGAUGCCCUCUUAACCCAUUUGGAGAAGGAGGCUAUUGAAGCCAAAGAACGUGAAGAUCUUGUCCCUUUUACUGGAGAAAAGAAAGGAAAGCCCUUUAUUCCCAAGCAGUCAAAGAGAGAGAUUCCCAAAGAGGAACAGAUUGAGUUGGAACCAGAGUUGGAGGAAGCCUUGGCCAAUGCAACUGAUGCGGAGAUGUGUGAUAUUGCAGCAAUUCUUGGAAUGUACACACUCAUGAGCAACAAGCAGUACUAUGAUGCAAUCACAUGUGGCAUUAUCAUUAACACAGAAGGAAUCAACAGUGUGGUGCAGCCUGACAAGUACAAACCAGUCCCAGACGAACCCCCAAAUCCAACAAAUAUAGAUGAAACUCUUCAAAAAAUUCAAAGCAACGCAGCUGACCUGGAAGAGGUUAAUCUAAAUAAUAUUAAGGACAUUCCCAUUUCUACUCUCAAGGAGAUUUGCAAUGCUAUGAAAAGCAACACUCAUGUGAAAAAGCUGAGUCUGGUGAACACCCGUAGUAAUGAUCCUGUUGCAUAUGCCGUGGCUGAAAUGUUGAAGGAAAACAAGACACUUCAGAGCCUGAACAUUGAAUCAAACUUUAUUUCCAGCACUGGGAUGCUAUCUGUUCUCAAAGCUAUGAAAAGCAACACAACUCUGUCGGAACUUCGGGUGGACAACCAGCACCAGAACCUAGGAGACACAGUAGAAAUGGAGAUGGCAUCCAUGGUAGAGAACUGCCCUUCCAUCGUACGCUUUGGGUACCACUUUACACAGCAGGGACCAAGAGCCAGAGUAUCAAACGCUAUCACCAGGAACCUCGAGCUGCGUCGCAAGCAGAAGAAGGUUUAAAAGAACCACUUUGUCCCAUCUUGAACUCCAGCCCUCUGACCGUCUGUGCAAUGUCCGAGCUGUGUAACUGAUUUUUACACUUAAAAGCUCUCCCUGUCAUAAACCAACUUUUUGGACAAUCUCUGUAAACUCCAUCACCCUGUGCUAUGAAAUCCUCACAUAACUCUGUGUAUGACAUUAGUGUAAAACCUCCAGAGACACAUUUGGGUUCCAAGAUGCAAUUGGCCCAUUAAGUGGACACACACAAUUGUACUUCUAUUCUCUCUCUCUCUCUUUUCACACUUUGUCACUUUAACUGUUUAAUUUGACCUACUCUUUAGGUUGUUUAAUCCACCCCCCCCUUUGUCUUCUUGCUCAGCGCAUUGUCCCUAUUUGCUGCCAUUACUUCAGCUAUGUCUCCAUAUCUCCCUGAUCCUCUAUUGCCAUUUGCCUCCCAGUCUUGAGGCCUGAUGAUGAAAAACUCACUGGUAUAGAGAUACGUCACACAAAAUCUUUAGGUUUUUAUUUGAGCAUUAUAUUGUAAUGAAGGUGUUUCUCCUUCGUACCCAGAAGCCUACAUAGCUAAAUAACCAGGUCUCAAGCAAACAUUUGCCUUAAUAAAAUAGAUUGAAGGACCUCUUAGUACUUUACCAUAGCGUAGAUCUUUAGAUGAUCAGCCUUUCAAUCUUUUCUCAAUUACUACCAAUCUCUUUUGCUUUCUCUCCCUUCUCAUGCUGCUGUCUCCCCCACCUUAUAGCACAUGGUUUAACAUUGUCCCCCUCCAUGUGCUCUUGCUCAGGGCUCGUUGGUUACUGUCUGCUGUGUGGCACAGCUUUGUGGUUUUGGUGCCAUACAGGUUAUACCAUGACACAGUGGAUAUAAUUAGUUUUAGUUUGGAAAUUCAUAAUCCUGGUUAAUUACCUGUUUGCACCUUUUAAAUGUAUAAAUACGUCCUACAUCUCUCUUAAAGGGACAUUCAAUUGAAUAGUUCUAUCUUGCAAAUGAAAUAAUACUAUUUAAAUAUUUUAAAGGAUUAUUAUUUUUUUCUACAUACACGUUUUCAAUAAAACCUCUUUUAACUGACUUUGGGAUAGGAUGUGUAUGUUUGUGCAUAACUCAUCCCUAGGGACAGAGUAUUCAUUGGAUGAUAAAGAUAACUCCCACAGUUCUAUUAAUGGCUAGUAACAAUUUGCUAGAGCAUUCAUUUAUAGCACUAGUGACACUGCAAAUCUGUGUUUAACCCAUGCAAAGGGGUAAAACACAUAAUUAAAGCACUGCUAGUCCCAGUAGUCACAUGACCCAGCUGUGCAAUUGCCACCUCUUAUUGGCUCACCAGCUGUUUUUCACUCGGGACCAGCAGUUCCCUGUUGCUCCCAAGCAGUACUUUAACCUUGAGUUUAACCCCUUUGUGGUUGUUAAACACAUAGGCUUGCAGCACUAGAUUUAAAAUUAAAUGCUCUAACAAAUUAGUGCAUGUAAUUUUUUGUACUAGACUGUUUCUUUAAUUGUAGCCUUGCUCCAAUAUUUAAAUGUUCUCUGGCUUCAAACAUUAUUUGUCAUUACUGCCCAUUUCUGUCUUAAGUCCCCUGAUGGGUAUCCUGCUUAUGGUUUACAGACUCUGUCUUGUGCUAAGUCAGGACACCAGCUUUGUAGUUGGUGACCAGGAUAUGGGUUGGUGUUUUGAAAGGUUCAAUGUUUUUAAAAUAUGUAAAUAAAGUGACUAUGAACUAUUUUAA